AUGAUCGCUCUAUUGUUAGUUACUGCCUUGUUGUCAGUUAAUGCUGAGGACCAAGGUGUUUAUAUUGAUAAUCAAUGGAAUGGUGGCUUUCAAGGUCAUAUUUUACUACACCCUGCAGUAGCCCUCCAUGGCUGGACUAUCCAUGUCAAAUUUGAUCAUCCUGUUGACAAACUAGAGACCUGGGUAGCUGUAAUAUCAUCUACCAGCUCAGACAAAACAGAAUUUGUACUUACAAAUAAGGACUAUGAUAAAGAUGUUUUGUCCGGGGGAAACCUGAAGAUCGACUUUGUAGCACGUGCAUCGGGUACCACAUCUCUAGCAGGGGCAGUAACAAUAGAAGGACAGGGUCCACCAUCUACAGGAACACAACAACCAAAUCAACCAACGAGUAAUUCAUCAGUUCCACCAGUUUUGAUAAAUAAUUCAACAGUACCACCAAGUCAUUCUGUAAAAUUGACACCACCACCUGGAGUUGGAGGAUCUAAGAUGAAAUAUGACUAUGGUAAUGCCAUGGGACUUUCCAUCUUGUUUUAUGACGCUCAGAGAUCAGGUAAACUUCCCAGUAACAAUCCGAUCUCAUGGAGAGGUGAUUCUGCAAUGGGUGAUAAUGGGGAUGGACAUGACCUAACAGGAGGCUGGUAUGAUGCUGGAGAUCACGUCAAAUUCAACCUUCCGAUGGCAAUGUCGGCUCAUGUUCUAGGAUGGGGAUUGGAAAAAUUCAAAGAUGCAUAUGAACAUGCUGGAAAACUGGACGACAUGUAUGAUUGUUUGAGAACACCUCUGGACUAUUUUCUGAAAUGUUGGAUUCCAAGCCAGCAAACUUACUGGGUUCAGGUAGGUGAUGGUGGAGCAGACCACGCUUUCUGGGGGAGAGCAGAGGACAUGCACAUGGGUAGACCCGCUUAUAAAAUUCACCCCGGGGCACCAGGAAGUGACGCUGCAGGAAAUACAGUUGCAGCACUUGCUAUCGGAGCAGUUGUUUUCAAAGACAAAGAUGCUGGUUACAGUGCUAAAUUAUUGGAAGCUGCUAAAUCCUUGUACGAGUUUGCAAAAGCUAAUCCCGGUAUUUAUUCAAACAGCGUUCCUCAAGCAAAGGCCUUUUAUGGCUCCUCCGGAUAUACCGAUGAAAUGUGUGAAGCAGCAGCUGAACUUUAUAAAGCCACCAAAGAUCAAAAGUAUCUGACAGAUGCAAAGUCUUUUUACGAUCCUGCAGUGGCCUGGGGUUAUUCGUGGGAUGCAAAACAACCAGGUUGUCAGCUUCUACUCUGGGAAUUAACUCAAGAAGCUAAAUAUAAAACUAACAUGGAAGAAUUCAUUGCUUCAUACGCACCUGGUGGAUCGGUACCUAUGACACCAUGUGGAUUGACUUACAGAGAUAAAUGGGGAUCAAACAGAUAUGCUGCUAAUGCCGCUUUUAUUGCCGUGAUUGCUGUUGCUGACGGAAUAGGUGGAGAUAAGUUUUUGAAUUACGCCAUGUCACAAAUAAACUACAUCUUAGGUGACAAUAAUUUACAUUUGAGUUAUGAAAUAGGAUUUGGAAAUAAUUAUCCGAAGAAGCCUCACCACAGAGGAGCUGCAUGUAAGCCAGGUUGGUGUGCUGCCUCAUGGCAAGAUAGUCCAAAUAUUUUGUACGGUGGACUUUGUGGUGGACCUGGUCAGAAUGACGAUUAUCAAGACAAUCGAGAUGAUUAUGUCAAAAAUGAAGUAGCGUGUGAUUUCAAUGCUGGUUUCCAAACUGCAUGUGCAGGUCUCUACCAUUUCGCAAUCAAUAACCAGCUGCCUCCAUCUCCACCAGCGAAAUGUUGAUUUUCAGAUGCUUACCUUUAAGACUGAAG